AUGUGUUUAGGAAUAGUUCCUGUAAAAGUUUAUGGUGAAAAUGGAAAGACGUAUUGUACAUACGGACUUUUAGAUGAUGGAGCAGACAAAACGAUGUGCGAUGAGAGAUUACUAGAAAUUCUAAACCUCAAAGGCAGAACCGUAAACUUUGAAGUCUCAACGAUGACAUCAUCUGGAAGCAGCAUGUCGGGCAAAGAGUUAGACCUAGACGUGAGUUCUGUAAAUGAAGACAGUAAAGUUUCCAUACCUAAAGUGUGGACGGUUAAAAAACUUCCGAUAUCAACUAGGUCUGCCGCACCGCGAUGUCAACUAGAAAAAUACGAUUAUCUAUCUGAUAUUGAAAUACCAGAAAUUGAAAAUGAUGAUGUUAUGCUCCUCAUCGGCACAGACGGUGCGUUCGCGCAUAUUCCACUUGAAGUGCGAGCUGGAAGUAACGAUCAACCCAAUGCUGUUCGUUCUAGCCUGGGAUGGGCUGUUCGAGGGCCAAUGGAAGCCAAUUCCGAGUCUAAAACUGCCACUGUUCACUAUCAACGCGUCAAGGAUGAGGUACUGCAACAGCAGCUGGAGCGUAUGUGGACUACAGACUUUAACGAAGUGACGUCUAAGAAAAAUUGUGCUAUGUCAUUAGAAGACAAGCAAGCAAUGAAAACCAUGGAAUCAACAAUUUUGUUCGAAGAUGGACAUUACAAACUUGGAUUACCAUGGUGCGAUGAUGACUUAAAAUUACCAAAUAACCUGGCGCUUGCGCAUGCUCGUCUAAAUCAACUCAAACACAAGUUAUCACGUGAUCUGGAACUCCAUAAGAUGUACACAGCAACGGUGGAUGGUUAUAUUGAGAAGGGGCAUGCUAAACGAUUAGAAGAUGAAAACAAAAAUGAUUCAACUAUACGUGUUUGGUAUUUACCACAUCAUCCAGUACAAAAUGAAAACAAACCUGUGAAAGUUAGAGUUGUGUUUGACUGUGCCGCAAAGUACAAAGGAGUAUCAUUAAACAGCAACUUAUUACAGGGACCAGACUUGAUGAACAGCUUGGUAGGUGUACUUAUCCGAUUUAGGCAGGAAAAGGUUGCUGUAACUGCCGAUAUUGAAGCUAUGUUUCAUCAAGUUCGAGUUCAGGAAAAGGAUCGUGAUGUUCUGCGUUUUUUGUGGUGGCCUGAUGGUGAUUUAGAUAAGGAACCGGUUACAUACUAUAUGACAGUUCACUUGUUUGGAGCUUCUUCGUCACCAAGCUGUGCAGCAUUUGCCAUGAAAAGAACUGUCCAAAAUAACGCGGAUUUGUUCCAGCAGGAAGUUGGCAAGACAGUGGAAAGGAAUUUUUAUGUAGACGACUGUCUUAAAUCCGUGUCUUCAGAAGAGGAAGCUAUAGAAUUAGCGACAGAUCUUCAAUCUUUGUUGAAAAAAGGAGGAUUUCGACUUACGAAAUGGAUGAGCAAUAAACGGGUUGUCUUGGACGCUAUUCCAGAGGCAGAAAGAUCGCCACAAUUUGCCAACCUUUGUCCAAGUGACGUGUUACCAACAGACCGCGCACUUGGAGUCAUAUGGGACGUCAAUAAUGACAAGAUCAAAUUUAAUGUGAAACUCGCCGAUAAACCGGUAACAAGACGCGGUAUAUUGUCGAUCGUUAGUUCCAUUUAUGAUCCAUUGGGAUUGGUGUCUCCUAUUAUCUUCAAAGCAAAACGAAUUGUCCAAGAACUGUGCAGACAAAAGUUUGGUUGGGACGAUCCUAUUCCGGAGACACUGAAAAGAGAAUGGAUUGAUUGGACGGACAAACUGCCACACAUUGAGGACAUAUACAUUGACCGUUGUUACAAGCCCGAGUCCUUUGGUCAAAUAUGCAACGCACAACUACACAUGUUCAGUGACGGAUCUGAGAAAGGAUAUGGAGCAUGUGCGUAUAUGCGACUCGUUGACGACAAUGGGAUUGUAUCGCUUUCACUCGUGAUGGGAAAGUCCAGGUUAUCACCAAUAAAACAAUGCACAAUUCCUCGAUUAGAAUUAUCUGGCGCAGUAGUCGCUUGUCGACUAUAUGAACUAAUUUCUAGAGAACUAGAAAUUCCCAUUGAUCAGGUUACGUUCUGGACUGACUCCAUGAUAGUAUUAGGAUAUAUCAACAAUACUUCGCGACGUUUUAAAACAUUUGUAGGCAACAGACUAAGUGAGAUCCACAACAUUUCAAGACCAGAGCAAUGGCGCUAUGUGGAUACAAAUUCAAAUCCAGCUGAUAUAGCAUCAAGAGGAAUGUAUGUUCAGGACAAAACGAAAAUCAACAUGUGGUUGAAUGGUCCAAACUUCCUUAAAGAUGAAUCUAAACAUUGGCCACACAUUCCAUCUUUACCUGGACUGACUGAAAAUGAUACAGAGGUCAAGAAAAACAGUCAAGUACACAUUGUCACAGGGAACAUGACAUCAACAAUAGACAAUUUAAUCCAACACUAUUCUUGUAUCAACAGACUACAGCGAGGGGUUGCCUGGAUUCUUCGUUUUAAAGACUACUGUAAAUACAAGUUUUUGAAGGCUGGAUCACCAAGUAAAACUGGACCGUUGACUCCGUCGGAAAUUGCAGAUGCCACUCAAGUCAUUCUUCAGCGCGUCCAAUACGAAACUUUCAAAGCUGAGUUAGACCGUUUGAAAAAUAAUCAGCCUGUGAAGAAAAACAGUCGCUUAACAGCGCUUAACCCUGUUAUCUAA